AUGGCUACUUUGGAAACCCUAAAGAAGGUACUCCAUGCAAAGAAUGUGAAUGCUCUGGAAACAUCGAUCCGAAUUCGAUUGGGAACUGCGACAAGUCUGUCAGAACUUCGUUUCGCAGUGAGCCAAAAUAACCAGCUCUAUUUUAGAAUCACAGGAGAAUGCAAGAAAUGUAUUUAUAACACUUAUGGGUUUAACUGUGAGAAAUGCAAACCAGGAUACUGGGGAGAUGCUCUUCUGGACCCGAAAGGAGAUUGUAAAGCUUGCAAGAUGAAUGAUAUGCAAACGGUUGUUUUUAGUUGCUUCGCACCUGGAACACGUCGUCCAAGCCAUGACUAUACUGCUCUGGAAUGUUCGCAAGAUAAUGGCCAAUGCGACUGUUUACCACACAUCAUUGGUUUUCAUUGUGAUCAACCUGAGGCAAGCUUUAACUCUACUUCAGAUUCUAUACAUGGCUACUUCAACAUCAGCUCCGGUGUGGGUGCACAAGAAUGCGGUUGCGAUCCGCUCGGAUCAGAAGACUCCACCUGUGAUCUGAACACUGGUGUUUGCAAAUGUAAACCUGGUGUGACGGGUCGACGAUGUGAUAUGUGUGCUCCGUAUCACUUUGGAUUUGGGCCAAAUGGUUGCCAGUCUUGCGACUGUGAAGCCAUUGGCAGCGAAAGCAGACAGUGUGACGUCAACACCGGACAAUGCUUGUGCCGUGACCAUAUCCAAGGUCGUCGCUGCGAUCAGUGUGUUGAGAAUCGCUACGACAUCAAGUCUGGAUGUCUGCCUUGUGAUGACUGUUAUACGUUAAUCCAGACCAGAGUAAAUGCUUUCCGUGAAAGCGUCAAACUUCUGGACAACACCCUCAAAGAGAUUAUUGAGAACCCUGCUCCGGUAUGGGCGAGUUAAAG